AUGAGUGACUUCAGCAUUGAGUAUAUCCUGAACCGUGCCGGCGACAGAUAUGUGGGUACGAAUGCCUCCUUGGGAGUCAUACAACGACUACGCGGUAGUUUGCCAUUCCACCCGUACGCCGGAUAUCCCACCAAGGAGCUUCGAGCAUCUCCGCCAGCUGCAGAGGAGGCUAAGGUACCGGUGUACGACUGGCUGCAGUAUACCCGUUACCAUCCUCCCAAGCUUCCGCGGGGACUGCGGCAGAGUGCUCCCGCGAAACGGACGCCAGGCCGUCUGCCCCGCAUUCCUUUUACGCCCCAUCAGCUCCAGGCGCUGGAGAGCGCCUACAAGGAGUCCAACUACCUGAGUGCCGAGGAUGCCAACAAGCUGGCCGAGACCUUGGACCUGACCAACACCCGGGUGAAGAUCUGGUUCCAGAACCGACGGGCUCGCGAGAGACGGGAGAAACGUGAAAAGGACGAGAGCUGUGACUCCACCUUCUCAUCAAAUGCCUCCAGUCCGGAACCGGAAAUGAUCGUUGUCGUUUAA